GAAAGGGUUUCAUUCAGCUUCCCUCGCGCUUCAACUCUCUUUCUCUCACUUGAUGAUGGCCACACUCUGUUUCUUCUGCUUUUCAGCUCCAGACUCGCAAACAGACACUAUCACCGCACUCUCUUAACACCAACCUCAAAACCCUUUUUUUUACGUUUUUGCCUCUUAAACCCUUCAAAACGGCUCUUUCAACCUCUAACUUUACCCACAAGCUGCUGCUGCUAAGCAGACCACGAGUUGCUGACCUUAGAAUGGUCAUGGCGGCCGCCUACACCGCCCCCUCUCAAGGGGCUGUUUGCCCCUUUUCUCUUUCUUCUCGUUUCGUCGCUUUUGCUCCCUCUAAAGCCCUGAAACGGAGAGAGUUUUGUAUAAUUCAGAGUGCCUAUGGUACCUCUCCCAAAAUUACAAUGUCAAGUAUUUACCCUCGGUUUUAUCAUUCCUUCUACCAUGGCAGGACAUCUUCUGUGGGAAAAUUGUAUUAUAAACUUAUGACAGAUUCUUCACCAGCUAAGAUGAUCCCAUACUAUCGAGAUCAGAAUAGUUUUGAAGGAAAACCCUCAAAAGAAAUUUUUAACCGGCAAAAAGUAGAUAAAAGAAGAGAACAAGUUUCUAGAAAUUGUAGCAGUACAUCAGUUCAGGAGGUUGGACAUAACAGUCCUCACAGACCUCAUAUUUCCUCCACUGCAACUGUUCCUGAAAAAAAUAUGCCCAGCACUCUGAAGUGGGAUGAAGAAAUAGAAAGACUUCAGAAGACUAAAGCAGAAGUGUAUGCCCGAAUUUUGCCAGAAGGCAGAUUAUAUUUUCAAGAAAUCAUGGGUUCUAGGCAAAUUACUUCCCAGAAUUAUAAGGUGCUGGAUAAACCCGGUGUUGAGGAACUACCAGAUACUGAAAAUGUUGCAGCAAAUGAUUUAAAUUCUAAAAAUCUUGCUGUAUCUAAGCCAGCUCUUACUGAACCAAACGGUACUGGCAAUAGAAAUAAAGCUCUAGACCUUGUAAAUCUUCAGACACCUGAUGAUUCAACAAAAGAGAGCUCGGAUUCAAAAGGCCCCUUAACCAAGGAGACUAAAGCAAAACAGCAAGAUCUUCGCCAUAGACUUACUAGCAUCUAUAAAAAUGUUGUGGUUGUUGAUAAUAUAUCUGCUGCAAAGAAAGUUGUUAAAAUGCUUACUCAACAAUAUAGGCACCUUGUUCAUGCAUGUGAUACUGAAGUGGCCAAGAUUGAUGUGAAGCAAGAGACACCUGUUGAUCAUGGAGAGGUUAUAUGCUUCAGUAUUUAUUCUGGACCACAGGCAGAUUUUGGAGAUGGGAAGUCCUGCCUCUGGAUAGAUGUUCUUGAUGGUGGCAGGGAUCUUUUGAUUGAAUUUGCUCCAUUUUUCGAGGAUCCGUCCAUCAAAAAGGUUUGGCACAACUAUAGCUUUGAUAACCAUGUCAUUGAGAACUAUGGGUUGAAGGUUUCAGGUUUUCACGCUGACACAAUGCAUAUGGCUCGAUUAUGGAAUUCAUCAAGAAGAACAGAGGGUGGAUACAGUCUUGAAGCACUUACAGGUGAUCAAAAAGUCAUGUCUGAAGUUACAUCAUGCCAGGAAAAGGAUUUGUUUGGUAAAGUAUCAAUGAAAACAAUCUUUGGCAGGAGAAAGGUGAAAAAGGAUGGAUCUGAAGGCAAAAUGAUCACGCUCCCUCCCGUUGAAGAACUUCAGAGAGAAGAACGGAAAUCAUGGAUUUGUUAUUCUGCCUUAGAUGCAAUAAGCACUCUAAAGCUUUAUGAGAGCUUGCAGAACAAACUGUCGAAGAUGUACUGGAAACUUGAUGGGAAACUUGUACAAGGAGAAACCAUGUUUGACUUCUAUCAGAAAUACUGGCAACCAUUUGGUGAGAUUCUGAUUAAAAUGGAAACCGAAGGUAUGUUGGUUGAUAGACCAUAUCUUGCUGAGAUUGAGAAGGUAGCGAAGGCAGAGCAAGAGGAUGCUGUUAACAGAUUUCGAAAUUGGGCAAUUAAGUAUUGUCCUGAUGCCAAGUAUAUGAAUGUGGGAAGUGAUGCACAACUGCGCCAACUCUUAUUUGGUGGCACCGAAAACUGUAAUGAUCCCUGCGAGAGUCUUCCACACGAGAGAAUUUUCAAAAUUCCUAACACUGAAAAAAUAAUUGAAGAAGGCAAGAAAGCUCCAACAAAAUUUCGAAAUAUCAAGCUCCAUAGCAUUGGUGUUAAAUUGCCCACGGAGAUGUAUACAGCCACUGGUUGGCCUUCAGUUAGUGGUGACGCUUUGAAGACCUUAGCUGGGAACAUUUCGGCACAAUAUGAUUUUGUGGAUGAGUCUAAUGACUUGCUCUUAGAUGAUAAUGCUGAAAAUGCUGCAGAGACAGGAGCGGAUGAAGAAUCAGAAGCAAUCAAGACACUUGCACAAGAAAAAACUUUUGCUACAGAGGAAGAGGCAAGGGAUGCUUGCCAUGCCAUUGCUUCUUUGUGUGAAGUUUGCUCUAUUGACUCAUUGAUAUCCAACUUCAUCCUCCCCUUGCAGGGCAGUAAUGUAUCUGGCAAGAAUGGGCGAGUACAUUGUUCACUAAAUAUCAACACAGAAACGGGGCGCUUGUCAGCUAGGAGGCCAAAUUUGCAGAAUCAGCCUGCUCUGGAGAAGGACCGCUAUAAGAUCCGUCAAGCAUUCAUAGCUGCACCUGGAAACUCUCUUAUCGUUGCUGAUUAUGGGCAGCUGGAACUUCGAAUUCUUGCGCAUCUUGCUAAUUGUGAGAGCAUGUUGGAUGCCUUUGAAGCUGGUGGAGAUUUCCAUUCAAGAACUGCGAUGAAUAUGUACCAACAUAUCCGUAAUGCCGUUGAAACGAAGCAAGUGCUUCUUGAGUGGCAUCCUCAACCUGGUGAAGAUAAACCCCCAGUCCCAUUAUUAAAGGAUGCCUUUGGUUCUGAAAGAAGAAAAGCAAAAAUGCUUAACUUUUCCAUUGCAUACGGAAAAACUCCAUUGGGCCUUGCUCGGGAUUGGAAGGUUUCUGUUGAGGAAGCUCGGGAAACAGUUGAUCUCUGGUAUAGUGACAGAAAAGAAGUGCUCAAAUGGCAAGAGGCUCGUAAAAAAGAAGCCCGUAAAGAUGGAUGUGUUUAUACAUUGCUAGGACGGGCUCGCCAUUUCCCAUCAUUUAAAUCUAUUACACGUUCACAAAGAAAUCAUAUUGAACGGGCUGCUAUUAAUACACCAGUCCAGGGUAGUGCUGCUGAUGUUGCCAUGUGUGCCAUGUUAGAAAUAUCAAAGAAUGCACAGUUGAAAGAGCUUGGAUGGAAGCUGCUUUUACAGGUUCAUGAUGAAGUAAUCUUAGAAGGUCCAAGUGAAUCGGCUGAAGUUGCCAAGGCCAUAGUUGUCGAGUGCAUGUCGAAACCCUUCAAUGGGAAGAAUAUUCUUAGAGUUGAUCUGAACGUCGACGCUAAGUGUGCUCAAAACUGGUACUCUGCCAAAUAGAUGGUCCAUAUGCGAGAAUGGGAAUGGAUUAGGGUGAAAAUGUAUAGGUUUUCUAAGCUGGUCCAAUCACUAAAACUACUUCCCUAAAUUUUGUUGCUUAGGGAAUCUGCUAACAUAUUGGCUUUUGAUUCAAAAUUUUCUUCCCUGAUGAUGAUGUGUUUGGUAAUGGCAUGGCCAAGUGCAGGGAUGUGACUUGUGAGAGUAUGCUUUGAUCCUUUGGUUGCAUGUUUUGUAAGAAUCAUGAUCAAGGUGAUAGCACAGGAGGGAAUUGUAACAUUGUGUAUAGUAGAUGUUUUGUAUUUCUAAGAGUGGCCCUCAUAAGAAAGUUCUGUAUUUUAUUGUAAGAAAUGAAAUUACAACCUGAUUCUUUUACUUUC